GCUCUUGAAAAACAUCCAUCAUUGACGCGGUAACACCAGAAUCUCCACCGGAAAUUUUAAAAGGAAAUCCGCGCCCAGAUGUUUUAUUACCUCGUACUAUGGUUUUUAGAAGGACUUUGUGUUAGAGGCGUUUUAGGAUCAUCAAAUGUCUCAUUGGAACAUCAAAUCCGCAGCGCCCUGCUUGAUAACUAUGACAUGAAUGUAAGGCCAGUAAUAGGGAAAAAAGCCGUAGAAGUGGCGUUUGGUAUGAAGAUUAGCAGACUCGUAAAAGUGGACACAAAAGAACAAAUUGUGAUUUUGGAUACUUGGGUGAUACAGAGGUGGAAAAAUGAAUUUCUCGUUUGGGACUCGAAAGCCUUUGGAGAUGUAGAGCGUGUGCAGUUUCUCCCGAGUGAGAUCUGGGUACCAGAUAUCUCCCUUUACAACAACGGAGACGAUAGUACAACUCUGGCUGGAGGAAGAGGGAAAUUUGUCACUGAAGUUUCUGUAGACAACAAAGGGAACUGUGUGUGGAGUGGGCCUGCUACAUUCAAAGCGAACUGUGACUUACAAAUCAUCAGUUGGCCGUUUGACAACCAGACAUGUGAAUUGGGCUUUGGUUCAUAUACAUACGGAGAUGACAGAUUGAAUAUUAAACUGUUUGUAGACACAUCUGGUGAAUUUACCAGUCGCUUCGUUACAAGUGGUGACUGGAGUAUAAUGAAUAUAACAAAAAGAAUCACUAAGACAAGUCACGGCGACUGUUGUCCAUUUGACUUCAGCGAAGUUGUUUACAGUUUGAAAAUGUCUCGGAAGCCUUUAUUUCAUGUGUUUUACCUCACUAUUCCAAGCACGCUGCUUUUGACUCUGACGCUGACAUCAUUUUUCAUUCCUGUGGAGAGUGGGGAAAGAAUUGGCUUUGUCACUACCAUGCUUCUCGCCAUGACGGUGUUCUUGCUGCUUAUUCCAUCUUUCCUCCCGGAAACAUCAGAUGGCGUCCCAAUCCUCGGCAUAAGUUUGCAGGCCACGUCGAUCAUCAUAGCUUUGGUCCUGUUUGGUAACAUCUUCGUCCUUAAGGUUUUCUUCACGAAUGGUACUCCACCUCAAUGGGUGCGCAACCUCUGCUUGUGUUGGAGGAGGAAAGGAAAAGUUUCCAAACGAGUUGAUGUGAACGGCUCAGACGAGUACCCAGUCCCUUCUGUGAACUCUCCCCCAUCCCUGAAUGCCAUAGAACUGUCCACCACAUCCACAAGAGCCACCACAUCACAUGGAUGGGAGGAGAAGGAAGAGCAAAUAACAUGGCAAAAAGUGUCAUCUAAACUGGAUCAUUUCUUUUUUACGUUUUUCGUGAUCAUUAGCGCGAUUACCCUUUGCACAGUCUACUUGGUAAAUCAAUAAUGAAUGUAAAAGUGUUGACCGAGAACUACCCAGAGCUAAUGCUGAUAACUUUCAUAUUUUUAGAAAUCUAUCUUCGUUUCCUUCUAGUAAUCCUAUAUUUGUUAUAAUGUGAUACCUCUGAAUUGCCCGAAAGGAGCCAUAUCCUCGCCUCGUUUUCACGUUGUGAUAGGGAUUUGGCCUUAAGGCCCAUUUGUAUGGUCUCAGGUUUCCAAGGCACCUUCCCCUCGCAUUACGUUGGCUUAGCUGACUUUUAACUCAUUUCUUUGAAAAAUUUCAACGAACAAUUUGCAUAAAAAUGGUGAGCUCGUUUCUAAGGGGCGUACAACUCGUGAGAGCGCGCUAAGGUAACCUCGUCAGGCGGGACGACUUUUUCGGAUCAAUGACAUUAUCUGAGCAACUUACCCUUCCCCUAAACCAACAACAGUCAACUGAUAACAAGUUAGGGUUAAUGUUGGGUAAGGGAAAGGGUAGGAGCGCAGUUGCUCAGAUAUUGACACGAAUCCACUUUUUCUCAUAUAAACUCUUCGGUUCGCCUUCUCGAGACGUCACAGUUCAAAAAAAAAAUGCAAAAAGAAAAAUUCAAUUUUAACAACUGCAAGCGUUUCGAUUGCUCACAGUCGCGGGAACGGAGUGAUAAUCUCUGCCAGCGGCUCCUGAAUUUUAUUUCUUCCUGGAAUAAUUUCACAUGACAAACCUACAACGUCGACAACGUCGUGGUUCCAUUUUUUACGAGAUUUUUAGGGUUAACCAAAGUAGUGCACCUGGACCUGAUCCUGAUAAACAACAAAGGUUUGGUGCAAGCGAUUGAACGCGCUCUAAACUUUGUACAUAGCACGUACUUUUCCUGGCAGUUCAUUGACGAACAACAUUCACUGACUGAUUAAGUUUUGUAGCAACACGUGUGUCUGAUGGCAAAACUCUAAGUAAUAAUCCUUUUAGCCUAUGGUGUCAUAAACGGUCUCCUUAUGUAUUAUCCGUGGUUGAUUAUGGUCUUAACUCUCGUUACCAAUGUACUUUCAAGUGUAUAAAGAUUAUGGAGAGAA